AUGCAAGAAGACACCUAUGUCACAACAAGUGACUUGAAAAAAGAUUAUAUGGCUUUCGUUUUCAUGUGCGAUCAACAACCAAAAGAGGAAUUGAUAUACGGAAUUCAUCACUUUAUUGAAGGAAAGCAAGAACAAGCACUUUUGGAAGACGAUCACGAAUUUAAAACUCCACAACAAACACCUAGGGAAUAUCAAGGAGUUUCCGAUGAUGAUGAAACGAAUGAUAGCAUUCCUCUUAGCAAAAACAUUGAUUCAAGACCUGUUUCACGAAAGCAAGAGCUGUCGGAAACGGACAAACGAAAUAAUGUUGUAAAAAGAAUGCAAGUUGAAAGCUUUUCGGAUUUGGACGAAUCAGAUGCAUCAAAAAUUCAGACCGAAGUGGUGGUGCAUCGAUCUUUUCCAAGGUUGGAUAUUAUAGAUAUUACUGCUUUAGCAAAAGCUAUUUCAUUUGUACCUUUCGAUUUUGUCAAACUUACAUUAAUAUCUUGCGGACUGACUGAGAAAGCCAUCAAAGCUCUUGGAAUGGCUCUCACUCAUAAGAAGACCCUUCGAUUUUUAAGUUUGGAAAUGAAUCCUCUAACUACAAUGAAUCAAGAAAAGGACGAAAUCCUUUUGGACCGUCAUCCAGCUGUUCAAAAGUUGUUCAAUUCCAUUUCUCCAAAAUUUGAAAACACAGAUGAAGACACUAACGACAAGACAAAAAAGAAGACAGUAAAAAAGGACAAACCAAAAGGUGACGAGACCAGACCGGAGAUACAACAACUUUUGGAAAGAUAUUGUGGCCCCAAUUCCAGUCCUUUUGCUCCGUUAUUCAUGACAAGCGCCAAAUAUUUGUCACUUAGGGGAAACAACUUAAAUGAUAACGAUGCUCUCAGUAUUGCAGAGUUGUUAAAAGACGACGGUGAAAUAUUCUCCUUAAAUUUAUGGGGAAAUUCUAUUACAGACGUUGGAGGCGUAGCCUUGGCUAAAAGUUUGAGGACCAAUCAAAAACUGCUCUCCAUAAGCUUGGCCAUGAAUCGAAUUGGUGACGACACUGUGAUGGAAAUUUGUAGAUCCAUGAGCGCAAAAGAUAUUUUCACAGAAGAAGAAUUCUUAACAUUGAGAGAACAAUCAUACACGAGCUUUUACGGAUAUUUAAACAUUCCCAAAGAUCCAAACACGAAUGCAUACAUUCUCCCUGCUCUUCCACCACAUUUAUUGCCACCCGUCGAUGAUAAAAAGAAAAAACCAGCUGCCUCUACGAAACCGCCUUCAAAGGGCUCCAGUAUCGAGAAGGAUGUCAUUCCUUGGGACAACAACUCUAUACGUCAUGUGUAUGAAACACCCAAGUCGACUUCACCUCCAUCGACAGCCAAAAACACCAAAGGAGCAAAAACUAAUCCAACUCCAUCGCCUCCGCCACAAACUGAAGUAGAACCACAACCACCAAAACCCUUGUAUCGAGUUCCUGGAAACACCAUUUUAAGAAAUAUUAAUUUAAGUGCCAAUGCCAAUGUGAGUGACGAAGGAGCUCAAUAUUUUGUGGAAGCCAUUGAAAAUAAUUCGAAUAUUUGCAGAAUUUCACUGAGUGAUACCUCCGUUUCAGAUGUUGUGUUUGAUCAGAUUGUUAGCAAAUUACUUUCGUGCAAACAAGAUGAAAUUAACGAAAAUUAA